CGAGCCCGGAGACACACGGCUCUAUAGCGCUUGCCCAGGAAUGCUGCCAAGUUUGUGCUCCGAAGGAAUCCUUCACGGGCGGGCCAGCGGGAUGUCGCAGCUACCUAGUCCUGGGCAAAGAGAAGUGCGGCCGUGGGGGAAAGAGGGCAGAGUUGUCAUUGUGAGGACACAGACUCGCCCUUUGUGGUUUACACAGCGCACGUGCUGCCGGGGCUGUGAGUAGGAAUCUCGGCGUCGCUUUCAGCCUUUCGCCCCGCCAGGCGCGGGGGGCGGGCCAGCCUCCGCAGCCCGGGCCGUGGGCGGCGCGCGGUGUCCAUGGGAACUGGGUGAAAGCGGAGCGUGCGCCGCGGUUCCCCUUCCCUCCCGGCCGCCAUGAUGAUGCUGGGCCGCGGGCUGGACGCCAGGGACAAUCAGACUAGACAAGUACGAGAGGCUGUUUCAAAUGUGGAAAAACAUUUUGGUGAAUUGUGCCAAAUAUUUGCAGCAUAUGUGCGUAAAACUGCUAGACUACGAGACAAAGCAGACCUUCUAGUAAACGAAAUAUAUGCAUAUGCAGCUACAGAGACACCAAGCUUAAAACUUGGAUUGAAGAAUUUUGCAGAUGAAUUUGCCAAACUUCAAGAUUAUCGCCAAGCAGAGGUAAAGAAUUGCAUGUUGUGCUUGUAAACUGAUCUUUUUAAU